AAACAAACUGACGGUGCCCAUGUCUAUACGGCCUGGAGGGUGCAGACUACAGGACACACACAGAGGGAGAAAGGCACACAAAUGAAAGCGACGUGCACCACUAGUCCUAUAAUUGUCACUCUGCACAUGCCGCUGCACAAUGCUGUGCGAGCACUAAAGCACCCACCGACCCACCCACCGACGUACACGAUAUGAAUUGCAUAUACACGCUCACCCAAUGCCUGCGGCACGCCCUCACUGCUCUGUAGCCGUCCAAUCGGCCUGCUCUGACACAAGAAUGUCGAGGUCAUCGUCAAUGUCGACGCGAAGAAAGCCCUCCGUCUCCUCGUGAUCGUCGCGUGGAUGGCUACCAUCACCCUUGCCCUCAUCAUUGCGAUUAGUGCCCUUUCCCUUGGCGCGGUGAUGCCUCCUGUCCCCCUUGCCGGUCUUCUCUCGCUUUUCGUGACUGCUGUCGUCAACGUCGUUACCCUUCCCCCUGUGGCUCCCUCUUCCCCUCCUCCCUCUAUCGUGGCUGCUGUUCCCAUCCUCUCUGUCACUCUGCUUGCCGUCACUACUGUCCUCGUCGUGUGGGUCGCCUUCCUCCCUGGGCGCCUCUGUGGGCGGCUCCUCCUCGACGACGGCUGGCGGCUCGGUUGGCGGCUCGUCCUUCAGUUUCUUGAUUUUGCGGGUCUCCUCCAAUGCUGCCACGCCGUUGAUGAAGCCGUAACCUGCCAUACACGCAGAAAGGAGAAGGGCAGCGAGGGACAUCUUGUUGUGACCGAUCCGACAGGAAGAGUGCGUGCCGUUCAUCCAUUCCUGCCUGUUCUGAAGUCAAAACCCGUGUCGAACCCCUCCGUAUCAGGAUCGUCCAUGUCCGUCGCUGUUGACGUGAGAAUCUCAGCAAUCUGCAGCGAAUGAGGGCAGUCGCUCAUGUGUCUGUCUUCACUUUUCGCUCUUCGAACCUCAUCUACUGUCAGCGAGGGGUCGAUCUGGAGCAUCAGUGCACCGAUGCCCGCGGCAUGAGGGGCGGCGGCACUGGUACCUGAAGGCCCACAGACGCACACAGGAACUCACACACUGCCUGCCUGCCGACAGCCGUGACCCACCGAAGAAGUUGGGGUGUGAGUUGUUGUUCUUGUCCUUGCCGAAGAAGGUAUUCGAUCCGCCAUCAGGUGCGAUGAUGUCGGGCUUCCGGCGUAUCUCGACCAUUUUCUUGCGGUUGCCGUCGAUGUCGAAUGCAAUGGGCACGGGAUAGCUGGACGAGAAGCUGUUGACCUUGGGCGGGUAGGUGCCGUAGGCGGGCGUGUUGUUGAAGAAGGCCGCCCCCACGGCGAUGCAUCCGUUGGCAUUCGAGUGGCCGUAUCCCGUGCCGCUCUUGGUGUCGUAGGCCGUCAGCUCACCCUUGCCACGCAUGACGUACUUGACGAUCGACGGCGGCUUCGGGCCAGCUCUGAAUGCAAAAGACUCGGAGGGCGGGGCAUUCCCAGGGCCUGUUACCGUAACCAACCAACCAACCUACCUACCUGAACUCGAUGGCGAUGUAGAAGAGCUCGUCGGGCCGCCCAUCGCCGUCGGCAUCAUACUCACCGGUGUUCUUGAACUCGAUCAGCUCCAUCGGAUCGGCGCCGAUGUUGUCGUUGGCCGCCAUCGUCAGGACGUUUGCUUUGGAAUCGAGCAGCAUGAUGUCCAGGUCGCUUGCAGAGCCGGGGGGACCGCUCACUGUACACACAAGGAGGGAUGGAGGUCGUGAGAGGCAAUGGGUCUCCCUCUGUUUGGGCACACAGAGGAUACUGACCUGAGAAAGAUGGCUCGUCCCACGAGAAUGCGGCGACGAAUGAGCUGUUGACGGUGAUGUUGAUCGGCUGCAUCUCGACGGGCUCCUUGUCUGGGUCAGGCUCGAAAUUGUGCAACCACCCGCCAAAUAUGCCUUCGUACGUCGAGUUGCGCCACGCGCUCUCGUAGCUGCGGCUGCCAUAGUUGCCGGCAGAACCAAAGUACGCCACACCCAUCUCACGCACCUUGUCGAUCGCCUGCGCAAUGAUGCCUGCAUACCCAGUACGGCACGUUUCUUAAAGAUGGAUGGCUGAAGUCAGACGUGCAGGUGUUGGCCGACCGUCUUGAAACAUCGGCUCCGCAAAGUAUCUGACGUCAUCCACCAGGAUCCGGGCGUCGGCUUCUGUCACCAGCUUGAUGAUGCCUUGGGCGAAGCGUGCCUGCCCUCCGAAGGCUGUGUGGAAGGCCAUGCGCGCGCCAGGGGCCACGUCGUACCUGCGUAGAUGUCAUACAGAUACACACCCACACCCACACAGAGAUGUAUGCUGUGCCCGCCGUUCGCGCAUCUGCACACCUACAGUAUUUGCAUCAUGGCGCGGCCCUCGUCUGACCCCGGGGUGCCGCCGUCAAUCACAAGAAUGUCCUUUGGCAUGUCGCCAUUGGCCACAUCCUCAGUGUAGUCACUCGCAGGUGUCCCGAACCCAUCUGUGUUGAAAUUGUUGAAGGUGUCGGAGAGGAAGCCGACGGUCGUGCCAGUGCCUGUCAGGCCGCCUCGCUUCUUCCUCUGCUCGGCCGUAAUGAGGUCCUCGACGCCCAGGGACUUGAUGCCCUCCGAUGUUACGGCGCCCUUGUGCGUCUCGGCAGCAGCGGCGCGGACGAAGUUGAGUGUGGAUAUGCUGGAGAGGGCACCGAUGGCCGCCACCGGGAGGUGGCCCGACACCAACCGGCCGAAACUGACCAUGUCUUUCAUGCCCAGCUCCUCAAGAUCGCGCAUCAGUGUCUCCACAUCCCCAGAGGCCACGGCAUCGACAGUUACCAAACCUGGGAAGCGACCACACACACAGAUGACAGCAAUUGUCAGAUGGAUGGUUGGCGGACUCUCUUUCUCUCUCCUGUGUGUGUUACCGUCGUUGACUUUGAUGAGGUCGGCGUGUCCGCCUGUGAUGACUGCCUGUGCUGCCGCGGCCCUGCCCACAUUGCUGCUCUGGACCUGGCCGAAUGACGACAGCUCAAAGACGUCCAUUAGCAUCCCAUCGACAGGGCCCAUCGACCGCCCCCGCCUGUCGUACAUGAGCUCACUGGCACGCAGGCCCUCACUCGGCUCCCCACACGUCACAAGGACGCCCAACAUGGAAUGUGAGAGCAGAAGGAGGGCCAGGGUGGGCGAGGGGGGCAAGCGGCGAGGGGACUGCCGCCAUCGUCGACGAAGGCGUUGCCGUUCUGCUUCUGCGCUGCGGACAGACCGCUGCGGAGGGGCAAACGUCGGUGCCACACAUCUUCGUACGUGGCCACCUUCCUGCCGACAACUUGGCUCUGUGGUCGUAGUUGCGUUGCGGCGUCUAGCAACCGUGCUUCCGUCGCUGCCACCUCUACAAUCGUCGUAUGCGGA